AUGUCGACUCAGCCACUACUUCAACGGACAGCUAAUAAACGCAUAGCUCUCCCCGUUCGUGUUGAGCCGAAAGUCGCUUUCGCAAAUGAACGAACGUUCCUAUCAUGGCUUCAUUUCACUGUUGUGCUUGGCGGGUUAGCAGUCGGCCUGUUGAAUUUCGGCGAUAGGGUAGGGAAAAUAAGUGCAGGAAUGUUCUCCCUUGUCGCCAUGGCAGUAAUGAUUUAUGCUUUGUACACGUACCACUGGCGUGCAGCGUCGAUAAGGCGCGGCGGGAGAGGUCCUUAUGACGAUAGGUUGGGUCCGACUGUUUUAUGUAUCGCACUACUUGCUGCUGUUGUUGUCAACUUUAUCCUGCGUUUUACGGAGUAA